AUGGACGACAACAUCAACGACUUUGAGGCGCAAUCGACUGCGGAGGAUGGUGUUAAUUUAGGAUUUACGAAAGAACUGAUUGAUGAGAUCCGCGAUAAGAAGGAAACGAAUCCUGGAAUGUUUGUAUCGGCAUGGCAGGAUGAUAAUGAAGGUCUAGAAGAAAAAGAUAUGGAGAACCCCAUUGAAAAAUGGCUAACGGCGGCAGAAGAAGGCGAUUUAGAUUUGAUGAAAUCGUUGAUAGAGGAGGAUGGAACCCGUCUGAACUGGAAAGAUAGCGAUGGCUACACUGCUCUCCAUCGAGCAUCUUACAACAACAAUAUCGACGUUGUUAAACAUCUACUUUCCUGUGGAGCCAACAAAGAAGCUCGCACGAACGAGGGAUGGACUCCGUUACUCUCAGCUAGCAACUGGGCCAAUUUCGGUAUUGUCGGAAGUCUUUUGAGUAAUGGAGCUGAUGUGAAUGCCCUUUCCAAUGGUAAUUUGACUGCUCUUCAUCUCGCUGUGAACAGCACUAGCGAAGACCCAGAAGACGUGUAUAUGACUGUAAAAUACUUACUUCAGGCUCCUGGUAAAACAUUAGUAAUUUAUUUCUUUUUUAGAAAAAACUUUCCAGGAAUUGAUGCUGGAGUUAUAGCUGGGAACGGAGACACACCAUUAAUGAUGGCUCGGAGAACUUCUGAACGUCUUUACAAUGCGAUUCGCGAAUUCAUGGAACGGCCUUGA